AUGUCUCGAUUCGGCUCGGAUGCUAUCCAGAAGCUCACCCGGAAGUGUAGUCAAGUGAUCACUCUCUUCCCGGCCAUUCUGUGCAAUAUGGGUCUGACUGUCACCCUCUGGGUCCACGUCUAUCAGAUGAAGCAUGACCCAAAAUUGAUGCCCUCCUACUUUCUGUCGGCCGACUCGAAUCGCACAACCGGAAGUGAUCUCUAUGAUAGCUUGCUGAACGGCUUCAGUGCCAUCCUGCUCGUGGCCGUCGUCUCUUUCGUCAUGUUGGGGCUGGUCGUCUACAAUUUCAAGUUACUGGUACAAUCGUGGCUGUCGUUUGCGUGUCUAUUCGUCCUCUGGUGUCUCUUUCCGGUCGUGCUCAGAGACCUGGCAGCCCGUCAUCUCGAAGAUGAAGACUGGAUACUGUGGUUGACAUUGGCGGGUACUACGGUAUAUGCCGGUCUCGGAUCUAUCGUCUUUAUGACCGACAGAAUGCCGUUGUGGAUGCAUCAGAUGUACGUGGUGACAAACUGUUCCCUCAUCUCCACAUCAUACCUUCGUGCCCUUCCCACCCAUACUGCAUGGUUUCUACUCGGAAUGAUACCGCUUUGGGAUUGUUUUGCUGUGCUGUCACCGAAUGGCCCUCUGAAAGUGGCGAAUGAAUAUGCUUCCCAGUAUAGUCAUACGAUGCUGCGAAUGUUGAUGUUUGAAUCGAGAGAUGGACAGGAUGGGAAUAAUAAUGGAGGAGGAGGAGAGGGAAAGAAGAGAACCAUCGAGAUACAGGAGGACGAUGAGGAGCAUGAGAAUGAGCACGAAGAAAUGGCCAUCAAUGCGUCGAUUGAUGAGAUGGGGGAAGAGGAGAGGCAACGGCUCAUUGAGAGCGAGACGAAAACGGCGGAAAGCGUCUCGGAGAGCAGCCUGGCCAGGAUGCGGCUGGGGAAUGAGAACGAAGAAGUGAUGGAGCACGAGAAGGAGCACGAGAAUGGGGAGGAGGAUGAGGAUGAGGGGAUGAAUGCCGCUCAAGCGCUCGAUCAUACAGAAACCCUGCACCUCGGCAUGGGCGACUUCAUCUUCUACAGUCUGCUCGUCGGCAAAUCCCUGGCCAGUGGUGGCCUCAUCUGCAGUGUGGGUAGUGCAAUGGGUGUCCUGCUUGGUCUCGUCGUGGCUGAUGUCUUCCUCUCAUCUCCAGAUGCCAACUAUCCAGCCCUUCCCAUAUCGCUAAUCUUCGGCCUGUCGAUCCACUUCGUGUUGUCAACUGUCUGUCUGCCUCUUCUCUCUUCCCUCGCUCAACUCGUCGUC